AUGAGCAUACUAAGAAAAAUCGAAGCAGUCGGAUGUUUCCAAGAUGACCACUCGAUAUCCGAGAGGAAAACCGUUAUUAUAAACACAACCGGUGUCGGCUUACCAUCUUCGAAGCAUAAGAUCGCUGUUGGGGAGACGUACUCGUUCACUUGCGGAUUUAACGUGCCAGCGCUUACCCCAAGUAUGAACGUGCCUGGUUUGUUGGAGACCUGUUACAUGGUUAACAUAGCCGUUGGUCGCGCACACAACUUCGUGAUCGCCUCUUUAAGAGGUGGGUACCGAUCACGAUUGUCACUGAUAUUGUUAAUAUGGAGCGAGCUGUUCCUGCUCAGCGUGAAGGUUGCUUAG